UACGUCAUAACUAUGCGACGGUCCUCAUGUGGCAUGGCUAGGUUUGUGUGUCUGCUUUGGUUCUAAGUGAUUUUGACUGUUUUGAAAUGGCGCCUGUAAAUCCACAUUUUAAAGGCAAACCUUCAUUUAAAGGCAAAAACACGAAAAUAUAUCGUGCAGAUGGUCAUCCGUCAGCUGUUAAUAAAAAGAAAAAAGCAUGGAAUCAAGGGAACAAGAUUUUCCAGGGAAGUUUACAAGAAGGUAAGGGCUUUGCCUUCCAGAGGAAGCAAAAAGUACAACAAGAAUACAAGAAACUACUGCGAAAGGAGAAAUGGAGAAUGAAGGAUUCCAAGCCGAAUCUAGAAGAAGAAUACCCCGAGCACCUGAGGCACCUCUACCAGGCCGAACAGGAGAGACUGAACAAAGAAGAGCAAAUGAACAAGGAUCGCAGGAAGCAAGGAAGAUGUGUUGAUGAAGGUUUAAACGAUGAGUCUGACUUGUCCAGCUCUGUCAAAAGGACUUCUGAGACAGGAAUCCCUGAAUCAGGUGCUUCACUGAAUGAAGGACCACAGACGUCACAGACUGAGAGUUCUGAUCAGGACCAGCUCAGGAAAAAGAAAUGGAAGAAAAUGUCUUCCAACCAGAAGAUGUUGGAAGAAUAUAAAAGGAAAAAAGAGGAACGAGAACGUAAAAGAGAGGAAUACUUGAAAGACAAAGCAGAGAGAGAGGAGGCUCUGAAAAGGUACAAGGAAAAGAAAAUGGCUACUUAUCAGAUGCUGAAGAAGAAGACGAAAAAGGGUCAACCCAACCUGAAUCUGCAGAUGGAGCUGCUGCUUCAGAAAAUCCAGGCUCAGAGAAAAUAACCAGAUUUCCUGCAACCUGCUAUUUAAAGCCAUAAAGUGUAAUUUAUGAGUCUUGCAGGCAGAGAGAGAGAGAGACCUGGAAAUGUGUUUAUACUAUACAGAGACUGGAACUGAAUAAUGUAUACUUCUACAUUAAUCUCUCUGUGAUGAUUAUGAAUCAGCAGACGGAGAUGUCCUGGGUGUUUAUGAACUGCUCGAUGCAUUUGGGAUAAAAUGUAGAUCUGUGUGAUUGUUGAAUUUUUCAGAAACCUUUAUUUGUAGUUUAUUUUAAGUUUAUGAUCUUGGAUUUAAUGAGAGAAAACUUUAAUGUAAAUGGAGCUAGUUAUCUUUUUUGAAAUAAAAGUACACUUUACCACUUAA